GAGAAACUGGCCGGAUCGGAGUGUUGCAUACAUGUAAGUAACUUGCACGGAAUCUCCGGUUUCUCUCAUCGUUAGGUGAUCGGCCUACGUCUCACAUAACUUCCACUAUCAGAGAGCAAAAACUAAGGUCCAGGCUACUUUGGUGCCGAUAUAAAGUUCGUAGUUAUCGACCAGGGGGAGCAUUAACAUGUACACAAUGAGCUUGGAGGACUUGCCUCAAGAUUGCUUAAAGCAGAUUUUAUCAUUGACAUCUCCUGGAGAUGCAUGUCGUUCCUCAUUAGUAUCAUUGUCGAUUCGUGCCAUGACCGAUAGUGAUACCGUGUGGAAAAAGUUUUUGCCGUCGGAGUGUUCAGAUAUUCUGUCCAGAUUAGUCACGCCGAUACCUUAUUCAUCCAACAAGGACUUGUUCAUCAGGUUGUGCAAUCCAACGCUAAUCGAUGGUGGUACUAAGAUGUUCUCAAUAGAGAGAUCAACAGGUAAAAAAUGUUACAUGUUAAGUGCAAGAGAUCUUUCAAUUACGUGGGCGUCCAAUCCUCUCUAUUGGAGUUGGAACUGUUCCUCCGAAUCAAGAUUUGCCGAGGUUGCUGAACUAAGAACCAUCUGGUGGCUAGAAAUAUGUGGCACCUUAAGCACUGAAAUGUUAUCACCAAACACAGUUUAUGGAGCCUAUCUUAUUACCAAAUUGGCCAACCGUGCAUAUGGUCUGGACUUAUUACCUUCUGAGGUUUCACUUGAAGUAGGCAAUUUCAAGUCACAAAGCACUGUAUACUUAACUACAAAUCAGAAGGUUACAGAAGUAGAUGAACAUGUGAGACCAAUUAGCAGGGUUGUAGAAGAACGUCUUCGUGAGCGAACAGAUGGAUGGAUGGAGAUUGAACUUGGGAGCUUUUACAAUGAUGGAAGUUAUUAUAACAAGGAUGUGAAGAUGAACCUAAAAGAAGUUAAGGGUGCACACCUUAAGGGUGGCCUUAUCAUUGAGGGAAUUGAGAUCCGGCCAAAACAUUAAUUAGUGCAUUGAUAUUCGGCUGUUUCAAUUAAACUUUCAUAGUGUAAAUGGA